CCUCUCAAACACCGCAAACAAAGCAACAGACAAAAAUGGCCUCCCCCGACCUCAAACACCGCAAACCAACAGAAUCAGACGAUUCCGCCACCGCCACCGCCCCCGCCCGGAAGCCCACCGCCACCGCCAGACGAGGCCUCAAAUCUCUAGCCGUCGCCGUCUCCGUCCCCGUUUCCCUCUCCCUCCUCGCCGUCUACCUCCUCUCCGACCCCACCAAAUUCCCCCCCUCAUCUCCGAAACCCUUCUGGUUUCCCUCCGCCGCCGCCGUGAAUCUCGGCUCCUUCGCCUCCAGCCUCCUCAUGGGCGCCGCCGUCUGGCUCGUCUGGGCCGACGGCGGCUUCCACUCCACGCCCAAUGCUCUCUAUCUCUACACUCUCUACGUCCUCCUCUGUUUCACCUGGUACGGUCUCCUCCUCGGGGCCGGCGCGCCCCGCCUCGCUGCGGUGGCGUGCCUCGCCAAGACGGCGGCGCUCGUCGGCUGUGACCGGUUGUUCCGGCGAGUGAAUCCCAUCGCCGCGGAUUUGGUUAAGCCGUGCUUGGCUUGGUCCGUUUUUCUUACCGUUGUCAAUCUUACCAUGGUUGCUCAAUAGAUUUGAAGGAAUAAGGAUUGUACUUAUACGGCGUCGUCUUGUACAGCGGAAUCAACUCUUAAGUUUUUUUUUUUCUGUCUGAUUGUCUGAUAAAUAAAUUAGUUUCUAAUUGUUACAUGUACUGUUUGCUACUA